GGUCAGUGCUUGGAAGGCCCUCCCAGUGCUCCCCAUUUGUUUGUUGUUCCUUCCCACCUCGGUUGAACUGGUGCCAUGGAACUCAACACCGGUGCCCUGCCGCCACCGGGGUCGGCGGCCUACAGCACCCGGCACUCCUGGCCCUCGUGGAGGUCGAGUUCCUCGGUUCGCGUUCCUGGAGCGACUGCAUCUCCCCACCGCCUCAGCCUCACCCUCAGCCUCUGCUGUGCGCGUUGGUUCCGCCACCGCGCGGGGCGGUGCCACCGCGCGGUUCCAGAGGCGGAGGCGGUGGAGAGGCUGCGCGGGGUGGAUGAGCCGCUAAGAACCUUGGUCUUCCCGAAGCUUGAGGGAGCUCGCUGCAUCGCCCUGGUGAAGGGCCAAGUGACACGAAGAGAAGAAGCCAUUCCGUGCCGUGUGCACUCGGAAUGCUUGCUGGGGGAUGCCUUCAACUCCGCACGCUGCAUGUGUGGUCCGCAGCUGCGCAGCUUCAUCGAAGACGUGCUGGCGAGCUCCGCCUGUUCGGACGCCAUCCUCUUGUAUUUGCAGGGUCAAGAAGGGAAGGGCAUCGGCUUAAGCAACAAGCUCCGAACAUACGUCUUGCAAGACGAAGAGGGCCUGGGUGAGGAGGAAGCGAACCUCCGUAUCGGCUUUCCCCCUGACCUGCGACGCUACGACGCCGCGCGCGUGGCGCUGGACUUUCUCCAGGUCUCCAGCGUGAUCUUGUACACCAGCAGCCCUCGGAAGCUCCAGGGUCUCCGUCACCUCGUCGCCGGCACUGCGGCCUGGUGCCCAAACACCGGCCGCUGGCUGGACCGGUCCGAGGUCGAGCGACCAGCGGAAAAGACGGCGGGAGCUGCGGGUGGGAUGGAAGUGGGAGGAUCGGGGGACACCGUUCUCCAGCCGGCCUCCAUCCCCAAGUGGACACGAGGUGUGCAGAGGGCGGAAUUGGCCACACUGCGCCGAAGCAACUUAGAGAAGUUCUUGCCAAAGAACCAGCCUCACGAGAACACCUUCGCCCGGAUCUGGGGCCGUUCGGAUCCGCCGUUGUAUACGGGGGAAGUGGCCCAGCAGUCACCGAUGGUUUGUACAUGCGCUGGAGUCAUGAGACGUUGA